UAUACAUUAAUAAUAUCGAAUAAUAAACAUAACCAAUAACAUUAUAGAUUUACACAAUAUAUAACACUAAAAUGUAAAUUAUAUCUUUGAAAGUUUUGCGAUGGUAUCUGUUAUAUAUUAAUAAAAUGAACCGUGCGGGUGAAAAAUCUAGUUAUAAUUAAUUAACUUACGAAAUAGAGAUUUUGUAAUAGAGAUUUUCUUACGAAGUUUUAUGUAUAGAAUACAUUACAAGCUUUUAUUUUAACUCACCUACGAAAUCUUCACAUGAAAUUAUAAAGCUCUAGCUGCGGAGAAGAAAUAAUAACUGGCACUUGUCCCUACUCCCUAGCUUAGGAAGAUUAUAGGUAUCAGACUUAUUGAAUUCAAUUUUUUUUUUUAUAAAGCUCGACAACAGAAAACAUACGUAGGGUCAUAAUAAAAACGAGUGUUGCUCCAAGCUCCUCGACCUUUUCAAGUUUACAGCGUACUAGUAAUUAAGUAGGCUCAUUUAUAUGUUCCAUCAUAUUUUUUUUUUUGAUAAGUAUAUAUGUUCCAUCAUAUUCAUAAAAACCCUUCUUUCAAUAGAGAUAAUCAGUUAAUGACAGUGUACCAUUUCCACCAAAUUAAGUAUAGUAGUCAACUAAAAGUUGUUGAUUAUAUAUACACAAAUUUAUGGGUAGUUCGCAGUUGGAACUACCUUCUUUCUAGUUGUGACGGUGUUAUAAGUUAAAGAAUCCUUUUCGUUCUAAAACUUUCAAGAAUCAAUUAACAAUUUUUUUUUUUACUGAAGUUAAAAGCGGAGAUGCGGGGGACACCAGAUAAUUUCUCUUUCUAGAUGAUGCUAAAACAUCUGAAGAUUAGGGGUGGACAGACAGACACCAUCAUUUUAGUAUCUGUAUUUUUUUUUAUUAAUUAGUUUUAGCACCUGCCCUUUUGGAAGACAAUACUAAUAACUAGUUCAUUUCCGAGUUUCUAAUAAAGUCUUGGACAUAAUCUCAUUUUUGUUGGUUAAACAACUUAAGUAGCCGUAGAAUAAAACAACUUAAGUCCACCAUGAAUCGCUAGAGAAGAGGUGCGAGACUGUGAGUAUCUAUGUUUGGUUCAAUUUUAAUGAUGAUUAUAAUGUUGAUCAUUUAAUUAUUUUGCUAAUGGUGAUUAUAGUUUUUAUGAUUACUGACUUUAGUAUUUCAAGUCUAACAAAGACUAUAGUAAUAGUCUAAUAGAAUAGACCAACUCAGUGGCAGAUUUAAAAAAUAUUUUAAGUGGGAGCAUAAAUUAAUUAAUAUUUUUAUUUAAUAAUAUUAUAUAAAUAUGUUUUAUAUUUUUCAAUAAGAAUACAUUUUAAAGAAAAAUAAAUUAAUAUCACUAAAACUAAAUGAAGAAAAAGAGUGAAUUUACUAACAAAACAAAAUUAAAGAACUACUGGAACUGAAAAUAUUUGAAAACAAGGCUUUUUAAUGAAAAGAUCUUCUUCUUUUUUAACACUAAUGAAAAGAACUUAGGAAUAAAAAGACCUAGAAGAAAAUAAUAUCAGGAAAAGAAUGAAAAUAACACCUGGCUAAAAAGAAAUCAGAAAGAGGAACGAAGAAAACAAGGGUAAUUAAGAGGGCGGAAAGGAAUUGAACGUUGGUUCAAUGGGGGCAGAAAAAGGGUUUUAUCCAACUGGGCUGUAAAAUACUUACUUAACAAUUCAAACGUAAUUAAAUUCACUUAUAAAUUUUAUUGGGGGAAGCUGCAUCCCUGCUGGGUAACUUAGAUCCGCCCCUGGAUCAACUGAAUGUAUAUUGCUCUUAAAUUAAUGCAGAAGUUUUUUUUUGAGAAAAAAAUAAAUGCAGAAGUUGUUAGCAUGAUUAACGGGGUUAUUAGGGUAGUGUUCUUACUGAAAUAUAAGAAAUCGUCUCUUAACUUUUAACUAAAAAAAAGUUAAGAAUCGGUUCUUAAAUAAGAUAUUUAAGAACCUGUUCUUAACUUUUUAGUUAAAAGUUAAGAGACGGUUUCUUAUAUUCCGUUAAAAAUUAUAUACUAAAAACCCUUAUUAAUCAUGCUCUUAUAUAUCUUUUCGUGCACCUGGGUAUUUAUAGCUACGUCAUUGCGAUUUGCGGCAACAUCUUUGCAAGUAGAAAAACAAAUAUAUAUUUUUUAUAAAUGUUUUUGUGUUACUACUUUGAUCUAAUAUUAAAUAACUUUUUAUUAUAUAAACAAAACAUGUAGUCGAUCACAUUUACUUAUGACUGAGUUUUUUUUUUGAUAAAACCUUUAACUGUUAGUUUAGCUGUACGUAUUAAGCUUGACAAAAACUAUAAUGCUACGUAUCAAAUACAUACGAGACACAAGAAAAUCCCAUCUUCAUAAAAAAUAAUUACCAAGAGCCUAAACUCUUUGUAUGAUGAAGUCUAAGACCAAUAAAUAAGUGUUGGUGAACCAUCAAAUCUUCCUCUUAUUCAUAAAGAUGAACGAAAAGAGGCUCAUGCUUCAUCUUAUUAUAUAAACCCCAUCAAACCUACUCAUUUUUGGCUCUGAUCUAAAUAUAAAGAACCACACAUAAUCUAUCAAUGAGUUUUCAAAUAUUAUGGCUCUGUCGCAUUAUUCUCAUCGUAACAUUCAUCUCCCAUGGCUCGUCUUUUCCAGAUCAAGUUGGGUAUUAUAGUUUUAUGAAAGAUGCAACAUUCGCACCAAUGUUCGCUCGCUUCGAUUACAUUGUCAUCGGAGGAGGAACCUCCGGUUGUGCCUUAGCCGCAACACUCUCUCAAAACGCUACAGUUUUGGUUCUUGAACGCGGCGGCUCGCCUCACGAUAACCCGACGGCAACUGAUAUCGGAAACUUCGCCACAACACUCUCAAACACAUCACCUAAAUCGUGGUCGCAGCUCUUCGUAUCCGAAGACGGCGUCUACAACACACGUGCGCGCGUCCUCGGUGGAGGCUCGGUGCUAAACGCUGGAUUCUACACGCGUGCGGGGGAUGACUACGUGAAGGAGGCCGACUGGAUGAGCGAUGAAGUGGAAGCUGCUUACGAGUGGGUUGAGAAGAAAGUAGCGUUUAAACCGCCGAUGUUGGGAUGGCAAACCGCGUUGAAGGACGGGCUUUUGGAGGUUGGAGAGUUUCCUUACAACGGUUUCACGUACGAUCAUAUCAACGGGACCAAGAUCGGUGGUACAAUCUUUGAUGAUGCCGGUCAAAGACAUACGGCGGCGAACCUGUUGGAGUAUUCUAAUCCGAACAGCAUUGCUGUCUAUUUGCAUGCUACUGUUCACAAGAUCCUCUUCACCACCAAAGGAAGGCCAAGGCCAAAAUCAUACGGAGUGAUAUUUCAAGACGCAAAUGGAGUGUUACACAAAGCGGAGCUGGCGAAAAACACAAUGAACGAGGUGAUUUUGUCGGCGGGUGCCAUUGGGAGCCCGCAGCUGUUGAUGCUUAGCGGUGUGGGUCCUAUGGCUCAUCUUGUGGCUCACGGGAUUAAACCGGUGGUCUUAGACCAUCCAAUGGUCGGGCAAGGGAUGGCAGAUAAUCCGAUGAAUGCCAUCUUUAUUCCUUCUCCUACGUCCGUAGAAGUUUCUCUAAUACAAGUCGUUGGGAUCACAAAGUUUGAUAGCUACAUCGAAGGAGCUAGUGGUGUAAUCUUCUCUUAUAGUUGGACUCGUAAUUUUUUCGAUGGCGUUUUGAAUUAUCUUAACGAGAUAAGCCGUACUACCACUUCCACUUCACUCUCGACUCAGUCCAUCACCGACUUUUUUAAAUCCAUAAAUCCAUUAUUAAAUGCAACCAUAAAAGCUGGUUUAAUCCUCCAGAAAGUCGCGGGACCAGUCUCUAGAGGUCACUUGGAGCUAAGGAACAUAAACCCAAAUGAUAAUCCUUCAGUGAGAUUUAAUUACUAUCAGGAGGCAGAGGAUCUAGAGAAAUGUGUUGAAGGGAUUUCAACUAUCAUUAAAGUGAUUAACUCGAAGGCAUUUUCCAAAUUCAAAUACCCGGAAGCGACCAUACAUGGCUUGCUCGAUCUAAUACGGAGCGUUCCAACUAAUCUGAGACCGAGGCAUGCAACCUCGGUGCUUAAUUUAAAACAGUUUUGCAUCGACACUGUGAUGAGCAUUUGGCAUUACCACGGAGGUUGCCAAGUUGGAAGAGUGGUAGACAAGAAUUACAAAGUUUUAGGUAUUCAUGGUUUAAGGGUUAUCGAUGGAUCAACAUUUCUCAAGUCUCCGGGGACUAAUCCUCAAGCUACGAUUAUGAUGCUUGGAAGGUAUAUGGGACAAAAGAUUCUUCGAGAGAGGGAUGCUUUCCACAAUAGGAACGAAGAAACAUGAGAUAUUACUUUUGAGAUAUAUGCUAAAAGAAUCAUGGACUUGAAUUAUUUUAAUCAAUGUAUGAUGAGCUAAAAUAGUCUGAACGUGUACAUCAAUCCAUGUUCUGUUUCUAUUAUGUAUAAUAAUGGGGGAAUCUUUGAAAUUCAGAUGGUUAGUGUGCAUAGUAUAUGCUUUGAUUUUAAUCUUGCCUAUUACACUUUCAAAGAAGUGGCUUGGAAAGUGAAGCAUCUUCUAUAUGUGAGGAUAAUACUUAGAGCAUAUGCGGUUGUUCGAAUGGUUUAUUCUUGGUUAUAUAAAUUGCAUAGACGUUGUUACAAAAAUCUCAGGAGAAAAUUAUUAGAUGAAAGAAACGAGUGAAAGGGAAACUCAACAUUGGCAAGGAAACUAUAAUCAGUGAGACAAUAUUAUUGCUCACAAGAUUGAAGUUGAGUCUUUGCCAAAGGAGGGUUGCCCUUUUACUGUUUUAUCUUUUGAGUGUGUUCAUUGUAAAUUUGCAAAUUGUUACGUAUGAUUAUCCAUAUAAUCCCACGUAGUAGGACACUUUUCCACUCCAAGUUAAUUUUGUACAUCAUCACCUUCUUGUUUUGUCUUUUACUACAUAUGAGACCGACCUAUUGUGCUAUAAAUAGCACUCAUCCUCUUUACUUUAUACGUACAACAAGAAGAAGAGUUUAUAAUCAAAAGAAUCAUUUGCUCUCAUCUCUCAUUACUCUCCAGCAUAAAUAUAUAUAUAUAUAUAUAUAUAUAUAUAUAUAUAUAUAUAUAUAUAUAUAUAUAUAUAUAUAUAAAAGCAAAGCUAUAGUUAUUUGUUUACUCUUUUUUAUUUACAACACGUUAUCAGCACGAAGCUCUGACCAACUGAGGUUUAUUAAUCCGAAAGUUUUCAAACCAGUCGAAGUAAUGUUUAAAUUUAUGUGUUCAAUAAAAUUAAUUUAUUUAAAUUUUAUUAUUAUUCCGGAGUUAGAGGCUAGGCCUUCUCCGUUUAUUAUUCGGGAUGAUAGGUGUUACUUUUCCCGACUGAUCGUUAUGGUAGGCUAUUCCUUCACGAUCAGAGAAACACGUGGAAGGCUUUGCCUCCAUAAAUAAAAAGAAAAGGUCAAAAAUGGUAGACUAAGUCUCCUCGGACCUUGAAAAAAGUAAAAGUCAAAAUGGUAGACCAUGUCUCCUCGGACUUUAAAAAAUGAUCAAUAUGGUAGUCUAUGACUCCUCGGAUCAUGUGGUAGGCUGAGCCUCCCGAUUUAUUUAUGCUAUUUAAAUUUAAGCAUUUAUUUUAUGCCUUUAAUUUCUGCGUUUAAAUUCUCGUCUUUAUUAUAUUAUUAUUCUAUGAAUACGGUUAUCAUGUCAAAUUUGACAAAGCUCAAAAUAGAUGCCCUUGAUAUUACGAGAAAUAAUUAUAAGACUUGGGCAGUGGGUGCAAAGAUGCACGUGAGAGAAAAUGAGCUUUGAGAAAUCAUUGAUAAGUUGAAAACUAUAUCGGAUGAGAAAAAGAAAAGCUAUGAUAUUUACACCAAUUCAAUGAUGGUUUAAAAGAUGAAGUGUAACAUGAGAAAAGAUCUAGAAGAUCUUUGAUGAUUAAAUCCUUGAAAGAAAGGAUCGGAGUUAAUGUAAAUCUUCCGAAUAAACUGGAAAAAAA